AUGAGUUGUCAGGGUGGAACGGGUCGCGACUUGGCUGGCACCUCUUCUUUGAUUGAGCCCGGUGAGGGCUUUGAGUACGGAUGGGGUCUCUAUUGCGUUCAGCUACUCGUCGAGCGGCUUGUCGCUAAGGAUCGGUUGUUCCAGUAUAUCGACCACCAUAUAUUUGGCGCGCUUGGCAUGACCGCUUCAACCUACCGACCGGCUCUGGUGCCGCAUGUCUGGAAGCGUCGCCUGCAGAUGGUAGAGCGGAAGAUUGACGCCUCCACGACGGACGGGCAGGCCUGCCUCGUGGCCCGUGACAAGGACACGUAUGGCCUGACCUGCAGUGUAUCCGAUCUCGCCCGUCUCUUUGGCGAUCUCAUGUCGCCGGAUUGCAAGCUGCUCCAGCGCCAAAAACACCGUGAUUUAUUUUUCACGCCGCAGUUGAAGCCCGGCUACGAUGUGAAAGCACAUAAUCUUGCGGUUCGCUUUUUGUAUGACGCUUGGAAGACGUUUGGGUAG